CAGCCCGAUAACAACGGGCUGGACGGUGUAGGGGAACCAGUGCGGGAAAUUGACAGCGUGAUGAUGACGACGUCAGGCUUCAUAUCAUCUGCAAGAGAAGGAAAACUGCCAGAAGCUCGCAUGCCUCACAUUCCUUUACCCGUCAUACCGCACCAGACGCCCACAUCCCGCUCCUCUGGAGGGGCGAACAGCCGCAAUCCCUCGUCCACGAGCGCCCAGUCUCUGGCACAGACUAUAGCAGCAAAGAAGAAGAUGUCUCUGGAGAGGCUGAUGAGGCACAAGCAUAAUAUGGCCCUCAAAAGGGCCGCACAAAAUACUCUCAAUGGCCUCAAUAAUGUCAAUACUUCCACACCCAAAACAAAAUCUUCUAAGAAGAGCUUGAGUCACUCAGCUGUUUUAAGCCUGGCCGGAGCAGCGGUUGAUUCUAGUUUAUGUUUCACCACAAAACACGGCAAACCUAAAGAAAAACUUAAGCCUAAGAUUCCCGCCACGCCCCCCGGCACCAGCAGGUUCCUAACUCCCUCCACCCCGCACUUGUUAGCUAAGAAACCCGGCAGUGCUGCCGGGACGCCUCUUGGUCCUCCUCCUAAACUCAAAAUUCCGACCCCGCGACAAAAGCAACCGGAAUUUUCUACGGACGUUUUACCGUUGCCUAAGGAAGACCCCAAAGAGCUAGAGGAGCGAGAGCUGCAGCUGCAGAGGAAGAAAGAGAAGCAGAAGGAACUGGCCAGGGCCGCCAGAAGUGGACUGUUGGGGGCCAUCGUGGGCAGUGGUGGUGGCCACCUGAUGGACGCCAGUGAUGAGGGUGGACAAACUUUCAACGGCGUCGUGGCGCCUGAGACGAAGACGAGUAAGAUGCCAACGUCGUCAUCCCUCCUCUCGAACGCCCUUAAAACCAAGAAGGAAAAGAAAGAUAGAGAAGAGAAGAAAGAUCUCAAGAAAAUUAGCAAGGAAGGUCGUAAAGAUAAGGAUAAGAAGGAUAAGUCUGAUAGCAAGAAAGAUAAAUUAAUUAAGAAAAAGGAAGAGAAAGAGCGUAGGGACAAAAAGGAUUUAAAGAAAAAAGAGAAAGAUGGGUCAAAGAAAUUGAAAGAUUCGUCAAAGAAGGAUACAAAGAAGGACAAGGAGAAGAAAAGUAAAGAAGGCAAAAUCAAAUUAAAAGAGAAAAAGGAUAAAAAGUUAAAGAAAGUUUCUGAUGCAUCAACGAUCAAGUCACCAAGAUCUACCAUCGCGUCUCUCGACACGUCAGAAAUAUCGCGGCCACACUCCCCAUCUCUCACCGACGCUUCCACUAUUGCAUCGCUGGAUGUCUCCUCUGGCUUCAGUCCAGACGCCAGUAAAUCCAAAUUAUGUGUCUUCAAGAAGAGCAACAAAACGCACACCAAAGCUGAUUCAUUGUCCGACGAUCCCUUCACUUCUAAACCUAAUGUUUGUAUAGAGGACUCUUAUAAUACCGCCGAUGCGUCUGCCGACAUGUCGGGCGUCCUGUCAUCGCCUAGCAUUUCCGCGUCCCCUCUCGAUGUUCCUGGAAAAAUAGUGAAGCAGAAGAAGCGUAAGAGAUUGCUUGAUGAUGACUCGGAGUCUCCAGGCGAUGCCUUGUCUCCUAAAAUGAAGAAAUCUAAGUCGAGCCCGCGUGCCAAGUCCACGAAAAUGUCUAUUGACAUCAACGCGAUUUCUGGGGCUUUGGACGACAACGCGUUGCCUUUCACCAGCUCCAGUUGCCCCAUGAGCAGCUGGGACGGCAGACCGUCCACUCCUUCAGGCGUUCACGAUUUCUCGACUGUAAAGUAUCCUCCAACUCCAAGCUUGUACCCCCAAGCGCCAGGCUUGUACCCACCUGCUCCAGGUUUGUACCCACCUGCACCAAGUUUGUACCCACCUGCUCCAAGUUUGUACCCACCAACCCCGGGCUUGUACCCACCGACGCCUGGCUUGUACCCUCACAGCUUCUCGAGCAACACGAACGCCUUCUCCCCUCUGAGUUGUGGCACUCCUGAUGGCUUCUUGGAGCAGACAGAGCGGCCUUUGACCCCAGGUAAAGCCAGGACCCCAGAACGCUCCUCCAGGGGCGUCACGCCUUCAGGGAGCUUCAUGCCUUCAGGGGCCCUUUGCUCCGACACUCCCCACUCAGCCACGUCCUCCAGCGGGCCAUCGCCUUCCCCUCCUGAAGGGGAGCACAGCGCAGGGCCGCACUCUCCUCUCGACGUGGCCUCCUCCAACGCCUUCAACUUCGCUGGCGACAGCGAGAGGAAGAAGAAAGAUAAAGAGCAUCGUAAAGAGAAGAAAGAGAAGGAUAAAAUCAAAAAGAAGAAAGACAAGAAAUUGAAAGAGAAACUUGAGAAGAAACAGAAAGAGAAGCUCGAGAAGAAGGAAAAGAAGAAGAAAAAAUCCCUGGAGGGCGGCGAGCUCGGCGACGUUCUGCUCCUGCAGCAGACACAUCUGGAGACGCCCACGCCCGUCGCCCCCAAACUAACCAAACCAAUUGCUGUUAGUGCAUCAUGUAGAUCUCCUAGCAUACACUCUGACCCCGACAUAAAACUCGUAUACGACGGAGGCCGAUCUGCCGUACGACCCUCGCCUGGUCGGAAAAUGUCGAAAUCUUCGGCUGGCCCUGCUGAGGGUGUCGUAUCCUUCGUGAUAACCGACGGCAGCCCUCUGCCGGGACCGAGCUCUGCUGAACUCAGUCGUGGCAGGAUAUCUGGUCGUAGGGGCAGACCUAGGAAACAAGCUCGUCCUAAGCACCAGUUGCACCCUCAUACCACCAUUGGCGUAAUAAAGAGAAGCGAGCCUCACGACUCGAGUCUCUCGAGCUUCUCCGUGACCUCCUCUAUCCCAACGGGCCGAGCUUCCCCUUCACCGCCUCCUGCUGCGCCUUUAACUAGGGACGACCAACCAGGGUCUCCGGAGCUCGCCAAGAUCUCCGCCCUCAUCACACGUCCUCCAAAGCUCCACGGCGGCUCCUCUUCCAAAGAUAAAGGCAGGAACUCUGCCCAUAGGGAGAGCCCGCCUUUGGUCCAUAAGGAGACCAAGCCGAGCAAAGACCGAGCGACCCCUCCACCAGAUGCCGGUCUCAGGGUGGUGCCUCCGCUCAAGAUUAAGAGUGCUGUGGUUGAUGACAAAGUGGCAGCCGCGACGAAAAAGCCUGCAAGUGUCCCGUCACCAUCCCCCCGCGGGGUCAGCAGCAGCAAGUCAUCAUCAGGCCUCAUCACCACCACCAUCACCAAGUCAUCAUCAGGCCUCAUCACCACCACCAUCGCCAGUGUGCCCGUCUUGCCCGCAGCGCCCCCGCCCCUACCGGAGCCCUUAGCGGCGCCCGUCGUGGCCGAUGCUAUAUCGUCCUUAGGGCAUUUUGUGGACGACCAGGGCAACGAGGUCUGGAUCUGUCCGACGUGCGGCAAGCAGGACGAUGGAUCGCCGAUGAUCGGCUGCGAUACCUGCGAUGAUUGGUAUCAUUGGGUGUGCGUGGGCAUCCAGGUGCCCCCCAACGAGGCGGAGAACUGGUACUGCCCGCGGUGUCUGGCGCAACACAAGCAGCGCAACCUGCCGGGCAACCCGCGGCGCGAGAAGAAGAAACACCACCACGGCAGGAGGAAGUGAUGCAAGUGAUGCACCACCACGGCAGGAGGAAGUGAUGCAAGUGAUGCACCACCACGGCAGGAGGAAGGGAUGCACCACCACGGCAGGAGGAAGUGAUGCAAGUGAUGCUCCAUUGUUGGGGCUCUCUGAACACAAUAAAAUAAUAUAUAAUAACUUCGGCACAUUAAC